AUGCAACAACGCAAAAGGGUUACUAUUGACGACUAUGAUGACGAUGACGAUGAUGAUGAUGAGGAAGGUGUAAAACAAGAGGUCACUGAUACAAUUGAAAAAUUUGUUCAAUCUCGUCAUGUACAAACAUUAAAAUAUUUACGACAUGUUAUCGAUGAAAAUCGUGAAUUAAGAUUACAUAUUGAACAUCUUAAACGACAUCAAGAUGAUCGUAUACAACAACAACAACCACCGUCACCACCACCUGUCGUUGUUGAUAACUCAACGGAAGUAGAAGAAAUUUCCAUUAUACAAGAAGAAAUUCCUUUUCAACGAGAAGAAACUCCUAUUCAACGAAUAGAAACUCCAAUUAGUGAAAUAUUAAUUCGAACACCAGAAAUACCGACAUUUUAUAAACAACUUGUUGAUAAAGCAAUAAAUACAGAAGGAGAAGAUUUUGAAUCAAAAUAUCAUUUAUUAAAUGAUGAAUUAAAUAAUCUUAAAAAACAACAUAAUAUCAAUCGUGAAGAAUAUCAACGUGAACUUGAUCGUGUUGAUCGUCAAAAUAGUCAAUUAGAAAAAGAUUUAAAAACUGCACAGCAACAAUUAACGAUUGCACAAAAACGUGCUAAUGAUAAACAAACAGAAAAUCAAAUUCUUACAUCUUCACUUUCAGAUUUAAGAAUAACAAAUGAAACCUUAAAUAGUCAUGUGAAUAAAUUAGAACAAAAAAAUGAACAAAUAAUACAAUCAUUAACUUUAUCCGAACAAACUCGUCUUGAUUUUGAAUCUCAAGUUAGAGAAUUACAACAAUUAUUACAACAAGAUAGACAAAAAUUAUUUGAAUUAAAUAUUGAAUAUCAACAUAAUGAACAACAAUUACAAAUAUCUGAACAAGAUAUUCAAUCAUUAAAAGAUAAAUUGAAUAAUGAAUUAGAUAAAAAUCAACAAACUAUUGAUGAAAAUGAAUUAUUAAAAGAAAAUAUAAAAUAUUUACAAAUUCAACUACAAGAAAAAAUUCAUCAAGAACAAGAAAAUAAUCGAGAAAAACAAUUAAAUAGUAAUUUUAAAGAUUUUGUACAAGUUAAACGUAAUUUACAAUUAUGUCAACAAGAAAAUGAACAAUUAAAAAAUGAAAUUAAAAAAUUACAUAUUAAAUUUGCAAAUAAUAAUGAUUAA